UGGGCAUUGGGUCGAGUUGGAAGAACAAAAGCGCGCUCAACUGGUCAUCGUCUUCCCCUAAGAGAGACCACAAAGUGAGGAAAGAGAGCAGGGAACAAAAAGAGCCGCCCUUUACCCCCACUCUCCCUUUUUAUCUUCUCUUCUGAGAACCCAAGGUAUCAAGCUCUUGAAAGCUUGUAACGAAAAGAAGCCACAGCCAUAGCUAUAUCCAUAGUCAUAGAAACGCUUAUACACUAUUCAAAAACCUGGCUGGUUUGGCAUAGACAUGCGUCUUCUUUAUCGUCCACUUCACAAGCUCUCUCUAUCCUCUAGCAGUGUGUUCAUGGCCUCAAACCAUUUGCUCAAGCCUACAUUUUUCUCAAACCCCUUAACCCCUUCUUCACGUAGACAGCUCUUCCACACUUUCACACACCCUUUCUCUGCUUUUCCUCUAAAACCCAACUCCAGAAUUCAGCCGUUUUGUCUUAAGACUAAUGGGUAUUCUAAUGUCUCUCAAGUCAAUGACCCGCCAACCGUCUUUUUGGAGAACACAGACGAGGCCACUUCUCUUAAAAUCGAGAUUUUGAAGAGUAAACUGAGCAACCUUGGUGUGGACUGUGACAUAUCUAUACCGGGGCAGUUCAACCAUUUGCUUUGUCCAAUGUGCUCAGGUGGUGAUUCAGGGGAAAAGAGCUUAUCACUUUUUAUCGAACCAGAUGGAAGUGCUGCAGUGUGGACGUGCUUUCGGGCAAAAUGUGGUUGGACAGGCAACACAAGACCUUUCGCAAAUAGUAAGUCAUCGUAUCAAACUUCCAACAAAACCACCAAAAUAAAGAUAAAAAGAGAAAUAACAGUGGAGGGCUUGCAACUGGAGCCACCUUGCGACGAGCUAGUCUCUUAUUUUGCAGAGAGAAUGAUAUCAAAGGAAACACUAAAAAGAAAUGCAGUAAUGCAGAGAUGUUAUGGUGAUCAGAUUGCCAUUGCAUUUACAUAUUGGCGAGAAGGAGCGCUUAUCAGUUGCAAGUAUCGAGACAUCAACAAGAAGUUUUGGCAGGAAGCAGAUACUGAAAAGAUUUUCUAUGGGCUGGAUGAUAUAAAGGAUAUUAACGAUAUUAUUAUUGUAGAGGGUGAAAUGGAUAAGCUUGCAAUGGAAGAAGCUGGAUUUCGUAAUUGUGUUAGUGUCCCUGAUGGUGCACCUCCUUCUGCUUCCACAAAGGAUUUGCCACCUGAAGAAAUGGACACAAAGUAUUCAUACUUGUGGAACUGUAAAGAGUACUUAAAGAAGGCAUCACGCAUUAUACUGGCCACUGAUGGAGAUAAACCUGGUCAAGCCUUGGCCGAAGAGCUAGCACGUCGGCUUGGACGAGAAAGAUGUUGGCGAGUCAAGUGGCCGAAGAAAACUGAGGAUACCUAUUUCAAAGAUGCAAAUGAGGUUCUCAUGUAUAUGGGUCCUGAUGUAUUGAAAGAGGUUAUUGAGAAUGCUGAAUUAUACCCCAUACGUGGAUUGUUCAAGUUCAGUGAUUACUUUGACGAAAUAGAUGCAUAUUAUUAUGGCACUGCUGGAUAUGGGUUUGGUGCCUCAACUGGGUGGAAGGCUCUGAAUGAGUUAUACAAUGUUGUGCCGGGUGAAUUAACUAUAGUAACUGGGGUCCCUAAUUCGGGGAAGAGCGAGUGGAUUGAUGCUCUCUUGUGCAAUCUUAAUCAUAAUGUGGGUUGGAAAUUCGCUCUUUGCUCGAUGGAGAACAAGGUCAGGGAGCAUGCAAGAAAACUAUUGGAGAAACACAUAAAAAAGCCUUUCUUUACUGUACGAUAUGGUGAAAGUGCUGAAAGAAUGAAUGCUGAAGAGUUUGAGCAUGGAAAGGAAUGGCUAAAGGACACAUUUUAUCUCAUAAGGUGUGAGGAUGAUUCCCUUCCAAAUAUUAAGUGGGUUCUUGAUCUUGCAAAAGCAGCAGUUCUGAGACAUGGGGUGCGUGGUCUAGUAAUUGACCCUUACAAUGAGCUUGAUCAUCAGCGUCCCCCAAACCAAACAGAAACAGAGUAUGUAAGUCAGAUGCUUACCAAGGUUAAGAGAUUUGCUCAACAUCACUCUUGCCACGUCUGGUUUGUAGCACAUCCUCGACAGUUACAAAAUUGGGUAGGGAGUCCACCAAAUCUCUACGAUAUAAGUGGAAGUGCACACUUUAUAAAUAAGUGUGACAAUGGUAUUGUAGUACAUCGUAAUCGGGAUCCAGAAUCUGGACCAAUUGAUCAAGUACAAAUUUUGGUGAGAAAGGUACGAAAUAAGGUUGCAGGAACCAUAGGUGAAGCCUGCCUGUCGUAUGACAGGGUAACUGGUCUAUAUAUUGAUGUCAAUGACCCAUCACAGAGUUUAUAGGAAAUUUCAUGAAACUUAGGGCAGCCUUGUACAGUGGCGUCUUCCAACCAUUGACGAUAUAUAGCGAGUUUCUAGUUAUUCCCAUGAUCGGUCUGACUUAGCACAUAUUUUUGGUCAUGAGAGGAUCGAAAGGUAUGAUUUCGUGCUAGGAGGCGAGGGAGGUUAAAAUAUUGUUUUUGAUUUUUUUUGGAUUUUGUUAUUCUCUAUGAUUUUUUCAUGUUGUCUUGUACUCGUCAACAUGAUGAAUUGAGUUUGAAGAUAUUCAUAUUAUGCUCUAGUUAUUUUC